AACAUUUUAACUUAACUAAAACAAAGCAAAAAACAGUAGCCUUUGUAUUAUUAUUCCUUUUAAAAGUGAAUCAAAAUUGGAAGUGAAUCAAAGUAAAAACAAGAAACAUGGCUCGUCGUAAAAACAAGGAACAAAUGCUGUUAGAAAUGUUCAAGCGGCCACAAAAAGUGGAUCCUCGCCAGUCGCUGGAAAAUCAGAAAAAGUCGGAUCUGAAACGGAGAACAAUGAAUGCUGCUUCAACCAAAAGAUACAGCUUUCCUCGUACUUUAAAGAGAAGUGUUAUCCGGCAGAUUUGCAGAUUGCCAGCGGAAACGUGCAAUCAGAAGACGCCAGCGCAGGUGAUGUACUUCAAUUCGAACUACGGAAGGAAGAAGAACGCUAGUCUCAGCCCAAACGAUUGCCACCAACCAACUUGCCCCAAAGUUCUCAGUGCCCCAAAAGCCAAAGAAAAUCUGCGUAUGAGUCCUGCCUCAAGGCAGAGAUCGCAAAAAAGCAAAAGAAAAUGCCCUUAAGUCUUCGAAGCUGUUUGAAUCUUUUUUAAAUAGUUUAUACCUAUAAAAAUGGACAAGGUUUCCAUGAGUUUGUGGUACAGAACUAUUGUAAUGAUCGCCAUGAUCCUGUGAAUUUUUGUAUACAAUUUUACAUGUACGUAAAAGCCUUGUGAAAAUAUAAUUUGAUGUAUGCA